AUGACGCAGCCCCUCACCUCCUUCUAUCCCAUCUUUGCGUCUAAAUCUGACGGCCUUGAUGUCGUGCACCAGAAAGGCUCGGUGGUGAGAAAUGGACCCACGCAGGACCAGCUCGACAGGUCGCCCAACGCGCAGGGACAAUGCGACUACUACCGCUUGAUCGAAAAGGACGACCCGAAGCACGUGGACUGGCGUAAAAAGCUCGGCGGAAUGUUGCUGCGCGAAAUAGGCGGCAAACAACACGAAGACAAAUGGCAACAGUGCAUCCUGUGGGAGUUUCCCGAAAGCUACAAGCUAUACGAGCACAUCAAAACAAAGGCAGAUGGCCAGGCGAAGACAAGCAAGAACCACUCGGGUGGUGGACACGACCGCCAGGAUGCCUAUCUCUAUGGCUACCCCAAGGGCCCAAGAAAGCGCUUCAGGAGCCCCGUCGAGUUCUUUCCGCAUCUACUCUGGUUGUGCACCGACGAGACGACCGACAUGCAGAACUGCACCUGCAAGAUGUGUUCACCUGUGCAGCUUGAGGUUGAGAAACCUGCAGUCAAGGUCGAGACCAGGGCUGAGGUCAAGAAGGAGAGCAGCAGCGCACAAGUCACAGGGCAAAAUCCUAUUGUUCAGAUCCCUGCGCGUCGAGUCUCAAACCCGCCACCCGUUCAAAGCCCUGCCACGAAGCCAGCCACACCGGCUGCGCCUCAGAUCAGGGCGCCUACUCCCCUGCAGUCCACUCAACUUCCAGACCCUCGAUCCAUCGAUCAGCAGGUCGAUGGUCUCUACCACAAGUUCUUGAGUCGACAGGGCGAAGUAGUAUGGUACUACAAACCAAAGACUGGAGCAUGGGGACUGGGCGUCGUCAUUCGGAGAUGGCUCGACAAGAGCUCUGGGGGCAAGACGUACGUUGUCCAGCCACUAUCACACCCACACGAGUCCCUGGCCCCGCAGUUCAUCACAACAGAGCUCGAGAUCAAACCUUGGCUUGCGUGGUCUGCGCCUAGCUACACCUACACCUAUUUACAACAACACCCCACCAUCCCAUACGAAAAAGUGGACUGGCAAGGCUUAGCUGCUGGCCGGUAUGGACCAGAAGGUGUCGCAAGCGUCGAUGCCUCCAUCAUGGCAGCCAAGGCUGUUGACGCCACCUACACGCUUUUCGAGUGCCUGAAGAAGACUGCCAAUGAUGGCGUUCAAGACGCACACUACAAUGGCUUGUUUCUAGGGGCCGAAAAGAUUUGGAGAGGCGAUGCUGUGCGCCUACGAAUAGGUCGAGACAUCGACGUUAUGGUGGUGACAGAUAUCAUCGAACGAACUAGCCAACAAGCCACCGGUCAAGCAACCUCAGCCGUCCUUGUUGUUGGCGACAUUUACAGCUACACCACCACCGCAGUAUCCAGUCCCGCCCAGCUGCCAGAAUUCCCAAAGAACACCAAUUUGCCAACCCGCAUGCGCGAAGACAUGAUCUGGCGCAACCAGCUCCUUGUCCCACACGCCCGCACAUUCGCUUACUGGAAGCUCUCCGUGCCUGGCUCGCGCUAUGAUAUCGCUGAAGUGAAAGGCCGCUGGUACGAAACCGCUCUGGUCUUCGAAGACCCCUUCACAAAGUCCGUCAAGAACAACGAGGGAGGUAACGGCGUAUGGAUGAACUCGCGCGGUGAUGCCUCGCAGUUUGGUAGAGCGACAGGCGUACCUGUUCCUCAGCGUUUGCAGGCUUUCGGCCGUGCGCUGCCCGAAGGCACGCAGCUUGUCGACGGCGUCGAGCCGCCCGAGCAGUCGCAGCCGGCGCAGGAAGUCGGUAUCGGCAUCAGUGGGCACACAGACGUGUUUACGGACUUGAUGGACUUUGAUCAUCUAGGCGAAGGCCCAGCGCAGGCAUACGACUUCCAUUUCUAG